AUGGUGCGACGCCGGCGCUCGCAAAAAGCACUCCCUGGCGCUCGCAGUGAUGCCGGAGCGGGACGCCGCUACUGCAGAGUAGCCGCGUCCCUCUCGUCGCGCAAAAAGCACACGUCCGUACCAUUCUGUAGUAACUGCGAUUAUGUGAACCCGGAGGAUUCCGGGAACUGGUUUUUACUUUGGGCGGGCGACGUGACAUUGCGACGUAAUUCGACUCGGCGGCUCUCCCCCGCUCGUUCGCUCGCCGUUUUAAAAGCU